GACACACAAAGAAAUUUUGUUUCAGACUAAAACGGAAGAGUCCUCGUAAAAGCAAACAGGGAGUUAAGUUCAUCGAUUCACCCAAACCUUCAUCCUCGCAUACAUCUGCGCUUUUUAAGAGAUUAAAAGAUGAAAUGUCUGCUGAUUCCGAUGAAGAAGAAUCACCAUGCCUUAUGAUAGCGGCCAGAAGCAGGGUAAAUGAGCCGUGUUAUGUAAAUGCGAUUAUUCAGCAAAAAGGAAUGAUAAUGGAAGUGGACUGUGGAUCCGCGGAAAGUGUUAUUUCAGAGGCACUUUUUUCUAAGUCAUUCAGUAGAUAUCCAAUUGAGAAAAAUCGCAAGCGGUUAUAUGUGAUAGACGGCAACAGAUUGAACAUUUUAGGCAAAGUCAGAGUGACGGUCCAGCUGAAUGGUUUAGUGGAAAAACUGGAUCUAAUUAUACUGCAAUGUGAAAAAGAUUUUGUACCGCUUAUGGGUCGCAGUUGGCUGGACAUCUUCUUCAACGGAUGGAGGAAUACUUUUACAAAAUCUGUAAUGCCGAAUCGGUUCAUUAAUGCGUUAUCCGUGGAUGAGUUGCGGGAGGAGACGAUUAUCGAUGUGAAACAUCUCGCUUAAUGGUCGGAUCGUUUCGGCUCAUAAACGCCAACUUAAGAUACCGACAGGCUCUCGCCGGCAACCAUCGACACGUUUUGUUUUAUCCGGAGAGAGUCCCAGCACAGCAAGCAAGCUCUGUAAUAGCAACAAUACCGAACCCAUCAACCGCAAACGCAGGAGAAAUGAGAACGACGAGUCUGAUGACUCGGACUAUGAUUUUUAUGGUUUUGCCGCCGAUUCUUUCCUGUAUCGGGAGGAUGAUCUCACAGCGAGAGAUAUUUGGCUUAAUCAACACGUCCAAGUACCAGAUAGCUUGGGCAAUAUUGGCGAGAAAAAUUCCCCUCUUGAUGAACACCCCGCGGCGCAGAAUACUGCUAUCAGGAGAAGUAAAAGAAAUGCAAAAAAGCGAAGGUGUGAAGAUUAUAAAUACUAUUGAAUUCAAUAAUUUGAGUUCUUUCGAAUCUAAUGCUUAAAGCUAGCAAUUCUGAGCAAUUGAAUUAUAUAUAAAUAUGAGCUCUGAUUAUACGUUUUAUUAAUGUUAAGUAGAUAAUGCAUGUUGCGAAGUUAAUUUCAAAUAGCUCAUAGUACGAGUUUUGUUUUAAGGGGAAAGAAGUUGUAGUGGACGACAUUCGGUCUCCGCUUUCGGUAAAAAAGCAAAACCCUUUAAUGGGAACUCAGAGAGAAACGUUUGGAUUAUAUGUUAUGAGUUCAGCUCAGAGUUUUGAAAUCAUGUAUGGAAUAUGGUAAUAAAUCAGUUGUAUUGAGA